CGAAGGUAGGUUAAUAAUUGGAUGUCAGCUUGUAUUUGAUCACUAGCCUACGUCCCAUGACAUUAAACUCCCUUCAUAUUGGCCGUACAUCUUGUACAUUUUUUUCUUGAUGAUCCACCCCAACUCAGGCCUAACCCACUAGGACCGAAGUUCCUCUUCUGUCCCACCCCCACUUUAUUUUAGAACCCAAAGAACACACCGACAACUAUCGCGAUAUCAUCCUCCCCUCUUCCCGAUCUUUCUAAAGCUGGAUUUAUCCUGCGUCGACUCUACACUUUUCCCAUCUUCCCUUUUUUUUUUAAAAGGGACUGCCGUCCUUCUUGACUAAUCGGCAAUUCACCGUCGAUGCAAAUUUUCACCUUACUUUAACCAGUCUAUUUUUUCUAACCUUCUCUUUCAGCACUAAACGUCGCAUACUAGUUAGGCUCAGGAAAUCACCAAGAUGUCGUUUAACAACCGCAAGUUUUCCAUGAACCGAAACACUGGUGUGCCGCGCCGUCGCUUUAGCAUCGGUGACCCGAGUGCCAAUGAGACGAGCUCUAAAAUUCAUCGUCAGUUCCGUGCGGCUAAUCCAGGCCACCUUCCCCACGCUGGUCUGGAUGCUUCACGUGCUUCCACUGGUGUAGUCUGGUGUACUGAGCGAGCUGCUGAGUAUGGCUUCCUCGAGGAGCCUGAGAAGUGGGCAAACCUUGGUCAAGGUGCCCCCGAGGUUGAAGAUGACAUCGAGGGCUGCUUCGAACGUCCCCACACCAUAGAUGUCUCUGUCGCCCUCCGAGAGUAUGGUCCCACUGCCGGUAUCAAACCCCUACGUGCCGCCGUUGCCAGAAUGUACAACGAGAUGCACCGUCAGGGCAAGGACAGUCAGUAUUCAUGGGAGAACGUUGCUAUCGUCCCUGGUGGACGAGCAGGUCUGAUCCGCAUUGCGGCCGUGUUGAACAAUGCCUACGUCGGAUUCUUCAUUCCGGAUUACACCGCCUACAACGAGAUGUUAUCUCUCUUUAAGAACUUUGCGGCCAUCCCGACUCCUCUCUCAGAGGAAGACGGUUACCAUAUCCAUCCCGAUGUGAUCGCUCGGGAGAUUGCCCGAGGUACCUCUGUCAUUAUCACCUCUAACCCGCGUAACCCCACUGGUCGAGUUGUUGCCAACCCCGAGUUGGCUGAGAUUCAGGAUAUCUGCCGUGGACGCGCGACUUUGGUUAGCGACGAAUUCUACUCUGGUUACAACUACACCAGUGACUGCGACGGUACUACCAUUUCCGCUGCCGAGAACAUCGAAGAUGUGGACGAGGAUGACGUACUCAUUAUCGACGGACUCACCAAGCGCUUCCGUCUCCCUGGAUGGCGUAUCGCCUGGAUCCUGGGUCCCAAGGAAUUCAUCAAAGCCAUCGGCUCUUGUGGUUCGUACCUUGAUGGUGGAGCCAACGCCCCUUUCCAGGAGGCGGCAAUUCCUAUGCUAGAGCCUUCCCUCGUCCGCAAGGAGAUGGAAGCUCUUCAGCACCACUUCAGAGACAAGCGAGAUUACGUCGUUAAGCGCCUCCGAGAUAUGGGAUUCGUAAUCAAGUACGUCCCUGACAGCACCUUCUACUUGUGGUUGAACCUCGAGGGUCUCCCUGGCCCUAUCUCCGACGGUCUGAACUUUUUCCAGGCUUGCUUGGAAGAGAAGGUCAUCGUCGUUCCCGGUAUCUUCUUCGACUUGAACCCUUCCCGUCGCCGAGACUUGUUCGAUAGCCCUUGCCACCAUUUCGUCCGCUUCUCAUACGGCCCCAAGAUGGAAGUCCUGCGAAUGGGCUGUGACGGUAUCGAACGAGUUGUCAACAAGUUCAAGAAGUCUACCGUCUAGGUUGGGCAUUGCUUAUUGGCCAUUGGCCGCAAGGUGUGCCAGACGCCGGCACAAUCCUCUUCUCCUUUGUACAUGAGACAUUUGCAUCUCGUCCAAGACCUUUCAUAAAUAGAAGGUAGAAAAAGGAUUUCAGGGACUUCCGUUUGAGAAGGUCCUUUAGAUGCCUGAUGAUGAAUAAAACGCUUUUCCCAUUUCUUCCCCCCUGAACUGUUCUUCUCCGUCUCAUUACCGUAUUGCAUUGACAGCUUGAACCCCAACUUUGAUGGGGUGACUAUGCUGUAUCCAAUAUUUACAUACCUUUUG